AGGCCCGUUUCUUCACUGGAUUGCUUUUUAGGGCUCUAGCGGAGCAUGCGCCAGGGACGCAGGAGUCUCAGGUUUAGCAAGAUUUUGGGGCUGGCAUUCCUUCUCCUAGUAGUCGGAUUGCUCGCGCUCCGCCGGUGGCAGCCUCACGAGUUACACAUGGCAUCCUAUAAUUCGCAGCGCUCGACAAUCUAUCAGAAAAUGGCUGACGAAGGUCGGGCAUUCCUUGCCGGUGGAGAAACCACGCAAUCUCUCAAGAUCAGUGAUAUCUUCUCUUUCGACAAUGGAAAGAUUCAUCCCAUCCACAAGCUCGCAGAGCCACCUGUUCGAGCCGCGGUGCUCUACUUGCCGCAGAAAUUCUCGCGAGUGAUAUCGGAGAUCAUCACAGAGACACUCGGCUCGCAUUCUUCAGCUAUCUGGUACCAGAAUCCCGAGAUGUAUCACUUUAGCCUUUACCACGCCUCGCAUCAUCUGGAGCCGGUGCCGGCAUCCAAGUCCGAGAUCGCAAGGGAGCUGGAAGCUGUGGACCAAGUUGCAAGAUCGUGCUCUCCUUUACGUAUUCAACUGGAGCGUGUUGUAUUGACUUGUACAGGAGCUCUGAUCGGCUGCUGGCAGGUUUUGGAAGGGACAGAUCCACUCGUUAUACGGGAACGUUUGAAGAACAAGCUCCCAAAUGCACCAAAGAAACAACUGUAUGACCAGCUCAUACUCCAUUCUUCCUUCGCGAGAAUUUUACCACCGACAGCAAACGAAACUGUGGAGAAAAAAGAUAAUCGGAUGACCACCGAGCUGCUGGAGCAACUAGUCAUGGAUCUGAACAAAGCGCUGCAAAACUUCGAGGCUGAUAUCAAAGAGCUAUGGUUCGUGGAAGAACUGGAUAUAUUAGCUCUGGCACUCCAAGGCCGAGUUAAAACCCAUAAGUUUUCCCUGGGAGGAUAAACGUAUAUACCAUUCUGGCGAAUAUGCCGUUGGCCCUACUAGCCGUUGAGUUUUCUGACGUGCCACGUUCGCCGGUCGGCACAUCUUUCCGGCGUGCCCCCAAAAUUCAAAAUACAAGUUUGCCCUAAA